AUGGCUUGUGAUAAUAGAGUUCAGUCAGACAAUUACCGAGAACUGGCUUUUGCGGCUCAUCUAGCUGCACAACUUGCUGUACCACACCUGAAGGAUGUCACUUUUCAGUCAGUCAUCUGCAACUUUAUGUGGAAUUUGACAGAGCAAAAUCUGGAAGUGACACAAGCAGCAUUAAGCUUCCCGUUCUCCAGACAGCAAAUCUAUCAAAUGCUGACUUCCAUUGUAACAUCAGCUGCCACAACUACAACUGAUUUAAUAUCAAAACUGUCUACGAUAGUAGGAAUGACUCCGACUGAAAUUGUGAACUCAAACAGGCCUUCAACGUCCUCAUCCACUGAGGAUAAUCACCUGGACACAUCAGAAAGACCAGUGAUCCUGAAGAUGGAACAACUUCCAUAUGUGUAUCCACUUGAAUCUCUUUUUGGGAUCACGGUGGAUGGUCUCCUCAGCAGCGCUGACUGUGAUUUCAGCGACUCUCUGGGUGAAGACAACUCGCGUUCCUCUGAGCUUGCUGGUAUUGUGGUGGAGGAAGUUCUUCACCGGGUGAAUGUGGUGAUGCACAACAGCGUUCUGAAGAUCAACGCAGCUUCGUCACCAUGCUUCGUUUACUUCCGCCCUGAUGAUUCCUGCACUGAUAUUGGGGAGUUACUGAUCAGUGGUGUCAUCCGGAAGCUGAGUGCUUUACAUUGUCACAUCUCCCACGCAGUGGCCACGACAGCCAUCGGCACGGUUCUUGCAGCAAUUGAAGGAAAACUCCCAUGCCCUCUUAACCCGAGCCAUUGGGUGGAGGUCACAAGCAAUGUAAUUGACUACAUUGUGGAGGAUGUCAUUAGUGCCUGGUCGAACAAUCCCUCUGCAGCAUCCAGAACAUGGGAAGCCGGGCAUGUCCCAGUUCUGAGGCCAACUUUUGAGUCAACUGAGGGAGGAAUGUCACUCAUCCUGCUGGAAUCAAAUCAUCCCUCAGGCAGUGGCAGGCCAAAGACCACCUUAUUUGAUUCACUGAUCACCGCUCUAUAUAUGUCGAAGUGCAGCGGUCACUUCAGCUCACAGGACAACAGUUACGCAGCUUCAGAGCGCCUGCACCAAAGAUUUGCAGAUUUAAUGAACUGCAUCUUACGAUGCAAGACGAGUGUAUCGAAGGAGGUCAGAAUGGCAGCUAUAGACUUUCUACAUUAUUUUGUGGAGGAACUCGUGCAGCGGCUUUUUGUGUGCUCCGCUUUCCCCCGUCCUGCGGUGCUCCCUGAAAAAACUCCAGUAAUGCCCUUCAUCAUCAAAGAAGAGGAUUUCGGUCUGACAGUGGUGGAUCAUCUGACAGAGCUGCUGGUCAGUCAAGUUUUCGACUUGUUGGCAAAGAGAUUUCCAUCAAGUGAAUCUGUCAAGACUGAACAGAAGAGUCAUGAUGUGUCAAUACAGGAGAAUCUACCAGAACUGAGCUUCAGAGACAAGUUAAAGAUGAUGAAAUCAAAUGUCCUUAAAAAGUUAAGGAAUCCUUUCAGAUCCAAGGACAGCAAGAACAAAGAUGAUGAUGAGGAAACAUCAGAGAAGAGCACAGAUGGAAAUACAACAGCUCCAGAACCCGAAAAGCAGAAGUCAUUUUCAGGGUUCACAGUUUCCUUUUCCAUGAAAAUAAAGUAUCUUACAUGA